GACUAUCGCCCGUCGAAUAGAAAGCACACGAUGAGUCAGAUCAGAGGAAAAGCAGACGCCCCAGAGCGCAUGUGAUGGGGGGGAAGAUCCACCUGAACCCAACCGCGAUCGCCGUCUUUGUGAUUUACUCUAUCUUCGGUCUACCCGUUAAUUGGUAGAUUGCACUUAUCGCCUCGCAAACGACCGUUGAAAAGUCUGACAAGCGUCAUAAUGUCCUCCACCUGUCAGUCGGUCGAAAAAACUACUUGAGGGCUAGAGUUAAAGAAGGGAAUCCAAAUCCCACAGAACUGGACCUUUGUAGACUUCUCAAGAUCUCAUCAUGUCCGAAGAACUGAAAGACUCUGCGUCAAGCAAAUAUGAAACCGACGUCGGUGUUCAUGUCACCAUCCCGAUGGAUUAUGCCGGAAUUGAUGGUGACUACCGUUUCACUUCGGAUGAAGUCUCGGCGUACAUCCUUGACGAGAAAGUCGAUGCUUCGGUACUCCGUGCCUAUGAUCUGCGUAUCUUGCCAAUGGCAAUGCUCAUGUAUCUCUUCAGCGCUCUGGACAGAGGAAACGUUUCAAAUGCCAAGUCAGACCACUUGGACACCGACCUGCAUUUCCAUGGUAAUCAAUACAACAUCAUGUUGACCGUCUUCUACGUUCCCUUUUGCGUGUGCGCGUACCCAGGAACGUUCUUGACCAAGAAGUAUGGUGCCCACAUCAUGUUACCACUGUACAUGACCGGAUGGGGUGUAAUGGCUAUGUGCAACGCCGCGGUGAAAAACUUUGCACAAUGUCUAGCUGUUCGUCUCCUCCUCGGUAUCUUCGAAGGUUGCUUUGGUGCCUCCCUCAUCAUGUACCUUGCAUGUUUCUACACUCGAAGCGAGCUUGGAAAACGUAUGGCUGCGUGGUAUAGCAUGGUGGCCGUGUCAGGUGCCUUCUCCGGAUUACUUUCUUACGGUCUUUUCCAGGUACACUCCAAGCUCAAGGGAUGGCAAUUGCUCUUCCUGAUCGAAGGAGGUUUGACCCUGAUUGCCGCCAGUAUGUCAUAUGCCGUCUUACCCACCUACCCUCAUAAGGCUCGUUUUCUCUCUCCAGCUCAAAAGACCGCUGGUGUCAUGCGACUUCUCAGAGACUCCUCCAACCAGGUCGGCUCUUUACUCACUUGGCGUGAGUGGAUUGAACCGGCCAAGGAAUGGGAGACUUGGGCCUGGGGUCUUUAUUGUCUCUUUUAUGGUGUUGCCAAUCAAACCGCUUCGACCUUUCUUACUCAAAUCGUCGGACGAUUCGGUUUCUCCACCGUCAAAACCAACCUUCUUACCGUCGGUCCUUACUCCUGUGCAACUUUUGUUCUUUGGUUAUUCGUGUGGUCUUCCGACAGACAACGAGAACGUACAUUCCAUGUCAUGUGUGCCAAUGCUCUAGUCGUGAUCGGUACUAUCACACUCGCUUGUCUUCCCGCCACCGACCACAAAGCUGGCUACUUCUGCACCUUCUUAAUCGCCAGUGGAAGUUUCGUACCUUCUUGUCUUUUCCAGAGUUUCGCUCAGAAUAACACCACCAAAGAAAACUCGAAAGCCUUCCGAUCAAGUGUCAUGAACUUUGGUUCUAACGCUGGUGGUAUCGUGACGGCCAACAUUUUCCUUCAAAGAUUCGCACCUCACUACGUCACCCCUCUCAUCGUCUCCGCCGCUAUUGCAGGCACUGGUAUCGUUUACCUCGGAUGCUUGCGAAUGUACAUGGUCAUAGACAAUAAGAGAAGGAACAAAGCUCAAGGGGUCAACUGGACAAGUUUGGAUGUACCUACUUCAGCUUUGGUAGACGGAAAGAAGAAUCCGAGUUUCCGUCAUUUCCUCUAAAGCCUCGAAAGUUGAGGGUGAGGCAAGCCCUGCCGGCGUCAUCAAAAGUUUUCGCGUAUUUUAUAGAAGAUUGGGUAGCAAUAUCGAAUAUUUGUAUGUGGGAUUGUUCGUCGUAGGUUUAUGAUCUGUAUGCAUCAGGUCAAACGUCA